UCCAGGUGGAAUCAAUUCUGACCGAUUCGAUCCCCAAUUCCUGUUAUUAAAACCUUGCCUAGCCGUGAGCCGAUCCACCGGUUGCCCAUAUCUGACUGCCUCUCCUCCAUGAAACAGUCGAACCUCUUCAGAUGCAGGACCGUGCGUGGGGAUGAAUGGUAAUCUCGUCGUCGUAACGAACGCAUAAUUGCUUCGUCCCAUCUUCAGGAUGUCAAUGGGUAGAGCAAUCAGUCUUGUAUACUAGUUGAUAUAUUGAAAGCUGAGAGAGGUUUCUCUCAUGGGAUUGAGUAAAACUGAAAUUAACUUCAGGAGGUUGCUUGCUGCGGCACCUCAUCAACAGAAUCAAGCAAAACUCAUGCAUUAUGUUGCUACUUUACGAGAACAGUUAGAACAACUUGCACAAGAGACUACACCAGAUGGCUUACCGAGAAUUUCAAAAGCUAAGGUGAAUGACUAUUCAGAGAAGAUUGAAGCUAUCGUUGCAAAAUUAUCUGCUCCAGUGACCAAUAUGCCAGGAUCACCGGAGGAUGUUGGCGGGACUCAGGAUAAAGAAAUUCCUAGAGCAGAAGAAGGAUCUGGUGGUUCUCCUUCUGCAGGAUUGCGUAGGAGAUUUCUGCCGCCAAUAAAAUCUCAAGAUAGAACUCAUGAGAUCAGUGAGUCUGAUCAAUCAACACCGAUCAAACUAGAUGCUGCUGCUCAGUCAUUCUCUCGUGGGAAAGCUCAAACUGUGGGAAUCCCUGGCACUACAGCUGUAUUUGUGCAGGUACUUGAUUCAACAGAGAGGGCAGUGGAGAGUAGCCUGGCAAGCACUGGCCAUGCUAACAAGAGAGCAAUGCAGAUCUUUUCAGAAAGUUCCAAGACUUCAUGUUUAACGUGGCUUGUAAUGUUUGUCAUGACUUGUAUCUUCGUCAUGGUUGUACUUCUCAUCCGUGUAACCUAGUGAAACAACACUCAUGCUUGAUGCUUUUACAAUUCAUGUUUUAUCAGGUUAAAUAUAAUCACAUAUAUCUUACAUUUGUUA